AUGCCCGGCUCACGCCGCUUGGCCAGCGCUGCUAGGAUUGCCGGGCCUCCCGGGGGGCCCCGACGGGCGGCCGAGGGCAUCCAUGCCACCCCCCGCCUCUGCCUGCCGCUGGUCCUGAUGCUGCUGACCGUCCCGCCCCGCGCGGAUUCCUCUUGGUGGUACAUUGGGGCCCUGGGAGCAAGGGUAAUCUGCGAUAACAUCCCUGGACUGGUAAACAUACAGCGACAUCUGUGCCAAAGUUACCCGGACAUUAUGCAGUCAGUUGGGGAAGGAGCAAAGGAGUGGAUCCGGGAAUGCCAGCACCAGUUUCGUCACCACCGCUGGAACUGCAGCACUUUGGACAGAGACCACACAGUCUUUGGCAGAGUCAUGCUACGAAGUAGUAGGGAAGCUGCCUUCGUCUAUGCUAUCUCUUCUGCUGGAGUUGUAUAUGCUAUCACCCGGGCUUGCAGCCAAGGUGAGCUGAAAGCCUGCAAUUGCGAUCCCCACAAGCGGGGCCGCUCCAAAGACGACAGAGGAGAAUUUGACUGGGGAGGUUGCAGUGACAACAUCAACUAUGGGAUCAAGUUUGCAAAAGACUUUGUGGAUGCCAAGGAGAAAACAGUGAAAGAUGCCCGGGCCCUGAUGAACCUGCAUAACAACCGCUGUGGCAGAACGGCUGUGAAGCGUUUUCUGAAGCUCGAGUGCAAAUGUCAUGGAGUCAGUGGCUCCUGCACUCUAAGGACGUGUUGGUUGGCAUUGUCGGACUUUCGGCGAACAGGAGAUUACCUAAGGAAAAAAUACAACGGGGCCAUCCAAGUCACCAUGAACCAGGAUGGCACUGGAUUUACUGUGUCCAAUAAGAACUUCCGAAAACCCACGAAAACUGACCUUGUAUAUUUUGAGAACUCUCCUGAUUACUGCCUGAUGGACAAGUCUGCAGGUUCAUUAGGGACAGCAGGGAGAGUUUGCAACAAGGCAUCUCGUGGGACUGAUGGGUGUGAGGUCAUGUGCUGUGGCCGAGGUUAUGACACCACCCGAGUGACUCGAGUUACCAAAUGUGAGUGCAAAUUCCACUGGUGCUGCGCCGUCCGCUGCAAGGAAUGUGAGGACACCGUGGACAUUCACACAUGCAAAGCACCAAAACGGGCAGAGUGGGUAGACCAAACUUGAGACAGUGUGGAAUGGAGCCAGAGAGAGAAAAGAAAAAACUGGCAUAGUGCCACCCACGGCCCUGGGCAUUCUGGGAGUUGUAGUUCAACUGCAUGGCUUUUAUUUAAUUAAUUCUGCAAAGCACUAAAAGGAGAAGACUACAUUUCCCAGGGAGGGGAAACCAUGAGCUCUUCUGCUCACCAGCAAAACUCA